GGCGAGACCAUGGUUCUGAUGCUGAUCGCAGAUCGUCCGGCUGUUGCUGGCUGAAGAUCGAGAUCAUCUCCAUCGCGCCCUGGGCCGGUGAUGAUCGGUGGGGUUGUGGAAGCUGUCAAAAGUCAACUGUCAGCGAACAAGCGCGAGAUUUACCGCUACCCGAAAGAGGCAGGCAUCCCCUGGCCCUUUCUGGCCCCUGCAGCCCAGCGACAGGACCCACCCAUACGAACAGACAAGGGGGCCCCUGGGCGAUAAACUCUCGCACAGGUGGGCGCCCAGACGCAUGGCCAGCUCCGGAUGCCUUCAGCUGCCCAGAGAGGUGCCCGGGCCUAUGACCAUCCCUUUUCGGGACGUCCAGCGUAACGCUCCCCCUUCAUCCCGCUUUUACAACCACCACCGUGCCUUGCUGUCGGGUGCGGAGCUCCUCUUCUUUCGUUUUUUUUUUUUGGGCAUUUGUGCUUGUCUCUGCUGCAACACCAGACUGGUGUCCAUCACGCCCAUUCAACCCCUCCCUCUACCCCACGAUCGUUUCCCUGGUUGUUUACUCUCGUUGAUCUUGCAACCUCCAACUCCUCCCGCCCUGACAGCUCGACGGCGUUGUGCUCCGGCCCCGCCAACUUGGUAUAAACAGCAGCCCAUCAACAAGCCCAAGAAUAUCUCACAUGGAUCACCAACAAGACUACUAUGGCCCUGGCCAACCAGGCACCGUGAACUCGAGCGCCGUCCCAACACUACGACGUCCGGGCUCGCUGAACGACCCAGACGGACGGAACCCCUUUGGCGAUGGUGUCGAGUCCCAGGCUUCCCAGAGAUCAGUCAACAAUGGCAACCCAUUCUCCAGCCCGUCGGCAUCCCGCCCACCAAGCAGCUUCGACUCUUCCUCGGCCAUGGGAGCCCGCUAUGAGGACAGGGGACAGCGUUACUUUCACUCGAGGCGAGUACGCAAGGGCGAGGUGGAGAAGCCGUGGACCAAGACGGUUGAUCCCAAGGAAAAGUGGGUGACGAUUCUGCCCGUGAUCGGUAUCGUUAUCGGGUUGGGAAUUUCGGGCUUCUUGGUGUGGGACGGCAUGCGCAGUGUGGUCAAGCACAAGUACUGCCCAGUGUUGGAGGAAGACUUUAGCGGGGGCUUCAACUCUGACGUCUGGAUGAAGGAGGUGCAGCUGGGCGGGUUCGGCAAUGGCGAGUUUGACAUGACUACUGCGGGCGACGAGAACGUCUUUGUUCAGGAUGGCAAGCUCAUCAUCAAGGCGACCCUGACCGAUGACAAGUACAUCUUGCAGAACCACACCAUCAACCUCAUCGAUGACGGUACUUGCACAUCCACCGAGUUCAAGCACUGCGUUGCUGUCACCAACACCAACAACGGCAAUUCGAGCAUUGUGCCCCCUGUGAAGUCGGGCCGUAUCAAUACCAAACCGGGUGCCGCCAUCAAGUAUGGCCGUGUCGAAGUUACUGCCAAGCUUCCCGAGGGUGACUGGCUCUGGCCCGCCAUCUGGAUGAUGCCCGUCAAGGACACCUAUGGAGCCUGGCCUGCGUCUGGCGAGAUCGACAUUGUGGAAAGCCGCGGCAACAACUAUACCUACCCGCAAGGUGGCAACAACAUCAUGUCCUCUGCGCUUCACUGGGGUCCUUCCCCCGCCCAGGACUCGUGGUGGCGCACCAACGUCAAGCGCCCCGCGCUCCACACGACCUACUCUGCCGGGUUCAACACCUUCGGUCUCGAAUGGUCGCAGAAGUACCUCUUCACCUAUGUCAACUCGCGGCUCCUCCAGGUUCUCUACACCAACUUUGACACUCGGCUCUGGGAGCGCGGCAAUUUCCCCAGCGCCGACUCCAACGGAACCUGGAUCCGCAACCCCUGGGAACAGGGCGGGCAGAACGCUCCCUUUGACCAAAAGUUCUUCCUCAUCCUCAACGUUGCCGUCGGCGGCACCAACGGCUGGUUCGAGGACGGUGUCAAUGGCAAGCCCUGGCUGGACUCUUCCGAGAACGCCAGGAAGAACUUUUGGGAGGCCAGAAACCAGUGGCUUCCCACAUGGAAGUCCCCGCAGAUGGAGGUCAGCAAGGUCAUCAUGUGGCAGCAGUGCAACGGUGACGAGGGUGAUUUGUAGCAGGUUACGGCAUUCUUCAUGGGCAUACAACAAACUAGGGUUAAUCGUUUCCUGGG